AUUUCAUGGUCUGUUCGUCACCAACACGACCCAGAGAACGUAGCUUAAUGGCGCUUUGCUCAGACACCCCCUAUGUUUUGUGAGAUGUAACUGCGUCUGAAGGCUGUGAGAGAUAAGUGGAAAGUCCCUAACACUGGAAAUCCCCUUUGUCUGCCUGGGCUUUUCCGCAGUCUGCAUGAACUACAUUAAGUUGGAGGACGUGAUCUAUGCUUUGACAUGUAGAGUAAACAUACCAACAUGUAAUUGAUUGUGAAGAAGGCUGAAUGGCGCUGUUUGGACUGCUGCGGUUACUCUGAUUGAAGUGGCAGAGGACUACCAGGAGCAUCCUUAGGGCUUUGUUGGUGGUCUUAUUGUACAGUUCUGCAUUGGUACACGUUACAUCUGGUGAACACCAUGUCCCAGGGACAGAAUUUCCUGCCCAAGUUCCUCUUUGUGAGUAACCUGCUGAAAGCGGUCAAGAUCCGGGAGCGGGUGCCCAACGAUGUAGUGAAGCCUGCGGGCAGUGAAAGCCUGAUGCACCACCUGCGGGGCAUGCACCGGUACACACUGGAAAUGAUCAGCAUGAGCCAGUUCCCUCAGGCCUUCCAACAGGUCAUUCAGGCAGCCAUCUUGGACAGGGCCAUGCAGAGCUCCCUAGAGCAGGAGAAGAAGCUCAACUGGUGCCACGAGGUCAAGAAAAUGGUACCACUGAGGACCAAUGGAGAUGGGAACUGUCUUCUCCAUGCUGCCUCUCAGUACAUGCUGGGGGUGCAGGACACAGACCUGGUCCUGAGGAAGGCCCUGCACAGUGUGCUCAAGGAGAACGAAACAGGCAACUUUAGAGCCCGUUUCCAGACAGAGCUACUGCAGUCUCAGGAGUUCACCCAGACUGGCCUGCGUUACAGCACUAUGAAUUGGGAGGAAGAAUGGGAGAAGAUCAUCAAGAUGGCUUCGCCUGUGUCCAGCCGCAAUGGGCUGCAGUUUGACUCCCUGGAGGACAUGCACAUCUUUAUCCUCUCCAACAUCCUCCGCAGGCCCAUUAUCGUCAUCGCAGACCAGGUGCUGCGCAGCAUGAGGUCCUGCUCCUCCUUCUCUCCCCUCAACGUGGGGGGCAUCUACCUUCCUCUGCACUGGCCUCCAAGGGAGUGCUACAAGUACCCCAUAGUGCUCGGCUACGACUCCCAGCACUUUGCCCCCCUAAUCACCAUCAAAGACAGUGGCCCAGAGAUCCGAGCAGUGCCGCUGAUCAACCCGGGCCGCGGGGGCUUCGAGGAGCUCAACGUGCACUUCUUGAUGGAGAAGGAGCAGACACAGAAGGAGAGGCUUCUGAAGGACUACCUAAUGCUGAUGGAGAUCCCUGUCAUUGGACUGGGCUACGAUACCACACGCAUCAUCAAUGCUGCCAGGCUGGAUGAAGGGAACCUGCCUGAGGACAUGAACCUGAUGGAGGACUACCUCCAGUUGGUCAACCACGAGUACAAGCGCUGGCAGGAGGACAAGGACCAACUGUGGGGCCCCCACCCCCAUAGACCACCCCCCUUCUCCGUGUCUCAGCUGUCGCUCAUCGAGAUCCGAUGUGCCACACCACGGUGCACCUUCUACGUCUCCGUGGACACCCAGCCACACUGCCACGAGUGCUUUGAGAAACGCCAGGGCCAGCCUAACGGGAGGAUAGAGGCUGCCCCUACGAAAGGCGGAAAUCAGGCUUGUGAGCCGGGGUGUAGUAGUAGAGUACGGCCCAGCCCUUCUGGCUGCCUGGCGGUGUUAUCCAGCCCGCUCUCCGUCGCUACACCGCGCUCGGCGUCCUGCUGUUACAGCGAAACCCACGCCAUGAAGUGCAAGAUGCCUGGCUGCGUUUUCACCCGCAGCAAGGAGCACAAUGGUCUGUGUGAACGCUGCUUUAACAGCCGGCAGAAUGCACCAGGAAGGUGCGGCAUGUGCCACCAGGAGGCCUUCAGGAUAUUUAACGGACUGUGCCCCCCGUGCUUCCAGAGUACUGGCACAGAGCGGGGUGAGGAGCCCCAGCCGCCGGCAGCAGCGUCCUCUUCUGGGUCGUUAUGGACCCAGCCCCCGCCCAGGGAAUCUGAGUGCUCGGGCCGGCCCUGUAAAAGGUCGGGAUGCCAGUUCUUUGGGACUCAACAGAAGCGUGGAUUCUGCACCAUCUGCUAUGUGGACUAUCAGACCAACCACCUAGCGACCCUUCCUCCUCCUGCUCCAAUCCAGACUCGCCACGCGUCGGAGGCAGGCUUCCAGAAUGCUUUGCGCUGUCAGGGCCUGGGGUGUGGGGCCAUGGGCAAUGCCAUGCUGGAGGGCUACUGUAACAAGUGCUUCUUUAACGAGCAGAGCUCCAGGUUCAACCAGAAUGCUACCAGGGCUCCUGGUGCCCACUCCCCUCCGCUGGUCAUGCGGACUGCUAAACCAGAACAAGACAAACCCAGAAAGACCCAGACCCAGGCCAAGUGCAGGUGGAAUGGCUGCAGUAACUUCUCCCCCGGCUGCACAGACCCGUGUCCAGAGUGCCGGGCCACACGGGGGCAGAGAGAGAGCCGCAGGGAGAGGGCAGGGGCACCUAAGGAGACGAUGAAGCAGAGCUGUAAAGCCCAAGGCUGUGACCACUAUGCCAACAUAGAGAAGCAAGGCUUCUGUAAUGAAUGUGACCACUUUAAGCAGGUCUACAGGGGGUGAGCCCAAAGGUUUGGGGAAAAUUAAAAAGUUCGUGCCACCA